GCGAACAUGUAUGUCCAUGUCUGUUUGCAAAUCUAUUGACUUUGACAGAAACGAACACGUGUGUAAAUUAAACGAUGUUGACCAGUCGUCUGUUGAUGUAUCGGAGUUUGAAACAAAAGGAGGCUCUAUUUUCUCUGAUAUCAGCGAAUGGCCUAGCGCUAUGGUUGGAAGUUGUAGCUCAAGGCCAUGUAAAGCGAACCAAAGGUGUUUUCAAAAAGGUGCUUCACAUGUUUGCAAAGACUUAACUUGUGCUCUUGAUCAAAGAAUUGAAAACGGAAAAGUACAGAUUAGUGCGCCUGGCGAAAACAAGUUCCUUGACUUAGCUCUAGUAAAAUGUGACAAAGGAUAUUUUCCUAGUCAACAAAAGGUGAAAUGUGAGGCUUCAGGAAAAUGGCAGCUUGCAACGUGUAAAUUACCAAGUGACUGUAAAGAAGUCCUUGAUAAGUUUCCUGAGGCUAAAAGUGGAAACUAUAAGAUAGAACUUUGGACAUCUGGGAAAAUUCUGACUGUGAAUUGUGACAUGGAAACCGAAGGCGGUGGUUGGACGAUAUUUCACAGGCGAAUGGAUGGGUCGGUGGAAUUUUAUCGCAACUUUACAGAAUAUGAAAAUGGCUUUGGGAACGUUGAGGGAGAAUUGUGGCUUGGUUUAAAAUAUAUACAAGAACUAGCUGAACAAGGUUCUACAGAGAUUCGUCUUGACAUAACAAGAAGUGAUAGUACAACAGAACGUGAAACUUGUCCAGACUUUAAGUUAACAGAAGGAACAAAAUAUAAACUAAACAUUGGGGCAUGCACACGUGUUGGAAUGAAAUAUCCUUCACAUAAUUUUAAUAAUAACAAUCAAAGGCCAUUUUCAACUUACGACCGUGAUCUCGACAUGGCAUCAAAUAAGAACUGUGCUGUAGAUAAACAUGGAGCCUGGUGGCAUUACGCAUGUUCUGCUGUCAACCUCAAUGGAUUAUAUGUGACCCCAGGCACAAUAUGUACUUUACCUAAUUCCGACAAACUGUAUAAUUGUGGACACACGCAUCAUGGGUUUGAUGGCAAGCAUGCAUUGAAGAUGUCAUCGAUGAUGAUAAGAAGAAAAGAAGAUAAAUAAUCAAAAGAAGAGCUCAUCAAUUCUAAGAGUUACAUGAUCGUCCUAAAACAACAUUUUUAUAAUUAGCAGUUACAUUUUUCAUCAAACAUGGUGUGUGUGUAGAAGUCUUAUCUAUAACUGACAUCUGCUGUAAAACAUUGGCAUAAUCAGUUAUAAGAUUGGUGACUAAGAAUCACGUGACAGCAUAUUAUCACGUGACAGUAUAGUAUCACUAGACAACAUAUUAUCGCGAAACAACAUUAAAUCACCUCACAGUAUAUUGCCUUUUCUCACAGUAUAUUGUCUUUUGACACCAUGUAAUUUCUUUAAAUCAUUAUCAGUUGAAAUAUGUUUAUUACUUGACAAUAUUGAACCAUUUAUUAGCAGAUAAUCACAUAAAAACACAAAAAUGACAAACAUAUCGUUUCAUUGUUGUUGUUGUUUUAUUAUUUUUAUUAUUUUUAUAUAAUUACUGUCUGUGUGUUUGUUAGGGCUUGUUAAAAUCAAAAUGAUGUUCAAAGAAAAGCUGGAGGCAUUGUCAUACUGGUAUUCUAUUUUAGUUUACACCAUUUUUUUGUCUUUUGUCAUUGUGGGAUUUUUAUCUUUUUUAAAAACGUUUUGUUUACGAGGGACGUGUUCUGAUUUCCGUGCACUUUUCGAAGUCUAGUAGUUUUCCGUACGUUUAUCAUAGUCGUCCUGUACAGUCUAUUUUAAACGAUAAUGCAUCUAUGUAAUGACAUCAAAUCAGUAAAACGUUUGUUUCUAUGCAACGCAGCAAUUUAAAGAGUACUGUGGUUUAUAUGACUUAAAGAUAAGAUACCUUACAAAACCUGCUACAGUUUUAAAUUUCCAUGCGUAAUAAGAGAGGUCUAAUUCAAGGAACGGCAGUCCUUUUCAGCGACAUACUUGCAGACAAUACGGAAAAGGUUUGAAAAUUAUAUUUUCUUUGAUAAAAUCACCUUCACAAUGCUAACUGGUCCCGAAUAAAUUUUCAAAAUAAAAAAUGUCUGAAAUACUGUCAUAACAUUUUGAAUUAAAGCGAAAAAAUGUGUUUCA